UGGCCAGCUUGUUUAAAGGGGGGUGGGGAAGAAAAGGCAAGUAAGCAAGUAUGGUGUGUUAAAUGUUUAUCUUUUUACAUGAAUUUUUGGAAGAUCUAAGUGUGAUUUCAAAUUCUUGGAAGAACUAGAAGUUGUUUCUCCGGGGAGAUGUUUUUUGGUGUAAGUUUCCCUCCCCUCCGCCCCAAGGCUUGGAUGGUAGCUGUGGAAAUGAUCGUAUGACUUCGAUGGUACGAAACAGAAACGUGAGCGCAAGAAGACGGUCUCGUUCAGCAGCAUGCCGACGGAGAAGAAGAUCAGCAGUGCGAGCGACUGCAUCAACUCCAUGGUGGAGGGCUCCGAGCUCAAGAAGGUCCGCUCCAACUCCAGAAUCUACCACCGCUAUUUCCUCCUGGACGCCGACAUGCAGAGCCUGAGGUGGGAGCCGUCCAAGAAGGAUUCCGAGAAAGCCAAGAUCGAUAUAAAGUCCAUCAAGGAGGUGAGAACAGGGAAAAACACCGACAUAUUCCGCAGCAAUGGCGUUUCCGACCAGAUCUCUGAAGACUGCGCGUUCUCCGUCAUCCACGGAGAGAAUUACGAGUCCCUUGACUUGGUGGCCAACUCUGCAGAUGUGGCGAACAUCUGGGUGACGGGGCUGCGGUACCUCAUUUCUUACGGGAAACAUACCCUUGAUAUGCUAGAGAGCAGCCAGGACAACAUGAGGACUUCCUGGGUCUCACAAAUGUUUGGGGAGCUCGAUGCAGAUGGCCUGGGCCACAUAACCCUGUGUAGUGCUGUGCAGUGUCUCCGCGACCUCAACCCCGGGCUGAAAACGAGCAAAAUCGAGCUGAAGUUCAAAGAGCUGCACAAAUCAAAGGACAAAGCUGGUACCGAAGUCACCAAGGAAGAAUUUAUUGAGGUUUUUCAUGAGCUUUGUACAAGACCUGAGAUUUAUUUCCUUUUAGUUCAGUUCUCAAGCAAUAAAGAAUUCCUUGAUACCAAGGACCUUAUGAUGUUCCUCGAGGCGGAACAGGGUGUGGCGCACAUCAAUGAGGAAAUAAGCCUUGAAAUUAUUCACAAAUAUGAGCCAUCCAAGGAGGGUCAGGAAAAGGGCUGGCUCUCCAUAGACGGGUUCACUAACUACCUUAUGUCGCCUGACUGCUACAUCUUCGACCCGGAGCAUAAGAAGGUCUGCCAGGACAUGAAGCAGCCUCUGUCUCACUACUUUAUAAACUCCUCUCAUAACACCUACCUGAUAGAGGAUCAGUUCCGGGGCCCCUCUGACAUCACAGGGUACAUCCGCGCUCUGAAGAUGGGCUGCCGGAGCGUCGAGCUGGACGUGUGGGACGGGCCGGACAAUGAGCCCGUGAUUUACACGGGCCACACCAUGACCUCCCAGAUCGUCUUCCGCAGCGUCAUCGACAUCAUUAACAAGUACGCCUUCUUCGCCUCCGAGUACCCUCUCAUCUUGUGUCUGGAGAACCACUGCUCCAUUAAGCAGCAGAAGGUGAUGGUUCAGCACAUGAAGAAAAUUCUCGGGGACAAGCUCUACACCACGUCACCCAACGUCGAGGACUCUUACCUGCCGUCCCCCGAUGUCCUGAAAGGGAAAAUACUCAUCAAAGCCAAGAAGCUGUCCUCGAACUGCUCCGGAGUAGAAGGGGACGUGACCGACGAAGACGAGGGCGCGGAGAUGUCCCAGAGGAUGGGGAAGGAGAGCCCCGAGCAGGCCACCGGCGUGCCCGUGAAGCGCUUCCAGCUGUGCAAGGAGCUGUCGGAGCUGGUGAGCAUCUGCAAGUCCGUGCAGUUCAAGGAGUUCCAGGUGUCCUUCCAGGUGCAGAAGUACUGGGAGGUCUGCUCCUUCAACGAGGUGCUCGCCAACAAGUACGCCAACGAGAACCCCGGGGACUUCGUCAACUACAACAAGCGCUUCCUGGCCAGGGUCUUCCCCAGCCCCAUGAGGAUCGACUCCAGCAACAUGAACCCGCAGGACUUCUGGAAGUGCGGCUGCCAGAUCGUGGCCAUGAACUUCCAGACGCCCGGGCUGAUGAUGGACCUGAACAUCGGCUGGUUCCGGCAGAACGGGAACUGCGGCUACGUCCUGCGGCCGGCCAUCAUGAGGGAGGAGGUGUCCUUCUUCAGCGCCAACACCAAGGACUCCGUGCCGGGGGUCUCGCCGCAGCUCCUGCACAUCAAAAUCAUCAGCGGGCAGAACUUCCCCAAGCCCAAAGGCUCGGGUGCCAAAGGCGACGUGGUGGACCCUUACGUCUACGUGGAGAUCCACGGCAUCCCUGCGGACUGCGCAGAGCAGAGGACGAAAACGGUGCACCAGAACGGGGACGCGCCCAUCUUCGACGAGAGCUUCGAGUUCCAGAUCAAUCUCCCGGAGCUGGCCAUGGUGCGCUUCGUGGUGCUGGACGACGACUACAUCGGGGACGAGUUCAUCGGCCAGUACACCAUCCCCUGCGAGUGUCUGCAGACCGGCUCCCGCCACGUGCCGCUGCAGGCCCUGACCGGCGAGGCGCUGGCCCACGCGUCCCUGUUCGUCCACGUGGCCAUCACUAACCGCCGAGGAGGAGGGAAGCCGCACAAGAGGGGCCUUUCGGUGAGGAAAGGGAAGAAAUCCAGGGAAUAUGCAUCUUUGAGAACCCUGUGGAUUAAAACGGUAGACGAGGUCUUCAAGAAUGCCCAGCCCCCGAUCCGGGACGCCACGGACCUGAGAGAGAACAUGCAGAACGCGGUGGUGUCGUUCAAGGAGCUGUGUGGCCUCUCGUCCGUGGCCAACCUCAUGCAGUGUAUGCUGGCGGUAUCUCCCCGCUUCCUGGGGCCUGACAACACCCCGCUGGUGGUCCUCAACCUCAGCGAGCAGUACCCCACGAUGGAGCUGCAGGGGAUCGUGCCAGAGGUCCUGAAGAAGAUCGUAACCACUUAUGACACGAUGAUCCAGUCCCUCAAGGCGCUGAUCGAGAACGCAGACGCUGUGUAUGAGAAGAUCGUGCACUGCCAGAAAGCGGCCAUGGAGUUCCACGAGCACUUGCACAGCAUCGGUACCAAGGAGGGGCUGAAGGAGCGGAAGCUGCAGAAAGCGGUGGAGAGCUUCACCUGGAACAUCACCAUCCUGAAGGGACAGGCGGACCUUCUGAAAUAUGCUAAGAACGAGACUUUGGAGAACCUGAAGCAAAUCCAUUAUGCUGCUGUUUCCUGUGGACUGAAUAAACCAGGCACCGAAAAUGCCGACGUGCAGAAGCCACGCCGGAGCCUGGAAGUCAUCCCUGAAAAAGCGAGCGAUGAGACCGGGGAGUGAGCGAGCGCUCCGCCAGUCCGCCGUGGAGUUCAUGCGCUAGGGCCAGCCGGAGUCCAAUGAGGCAUUGUCUUUGCACUCGCUAAUGAGAGUAACAUUGGGGAUCUUAAAGCACAACUGGAAUAGCUAAUUAUGGUCUAUUAAAACUGUGAAUGUAUGUAGCAAUCCUGUGUGUCAAGGCAAAUAAACUCUUUAACCAGAAACUA